AAUAUUGUAGAAAAUAUUAUUCAAAUUUAUUCCGCGUCUAGCAAACUAAUGAGAGGAAUCUCGAUAAAAAACCAAAGAUCAUGUCAGCAACAGAGAAAUCCUUGUCAAGUUGCAUACUAAAUAACCAUGCACAGCUAAACAGACUCCAAUAAAAGGAGCAACUACUUUAUAACUGGUGUCACUGGCAGACAAACAAAUAUAAGGGAAACAAGGAGUAAGGAGAGGAAAAAAACAUUCUACUACAUACACAUCACAGUCAAAAGGCAAUACGUGCCAGGCAGCAUGAUUGUGACUGUGAAUCAAACGGAAACUGAGCCAUUACUCUCCGAUAUCAAUACGGAGGACAAACUAAAUGAUUUUUCCCGGGGCAGCAGCAAUAGUGACAGUUUUCAAUUGCUUAGCGAACGAAAUGCAUUUGACUACUUGGACUUGGAAGUGGCUACAGUUACCCAAGCGACGAGCAUCAAAAUGAUAGAGAACUCCACAAUGGCCAAUGCGAGCAGCUAUAAUGCAACAUAUAACACAUCCUCUCUGGACCCGGUGUUGAUUGAACGCUUCUUGAGGAAUCGGGCCAUAGAUAAUCCUUGGUUUCACAUCCUAAUCAGCCUGUAUAUUGUACUCAUUAUCUUUGGAGCGGUGGGCAAUAUUUUGGUUGUCAUUGCAGUGGUUCGAAAGCCCAUUAUGCGUACAGCCCGCAAUCUAUUCAUACUCAAUUUGGCCACAUCGGAUUUACUAUUAUGCGUGGUGACCAUGCCGCUGACCCUAGUGGAGAUUGUCUUUAAGUAUUGGCCAUUUGGGUCAUGUUCAAUACUCUGCAGAACGAUUGGCCUGCUACAGGCCCUUUGCAUAUUCGUAUCGACCAUAUCCAUAACGGCAAUAGCCUUCGACAGAUAUCAGGUUAUUGUAUAUCCCACAAGAGACAGUCUGCAAGUGGUUGGAGCAUUCUCCAUAUUGGUUUGCAUCUGGUUGCUGGCCCUUUUGCUUGCCACGCCCAUGUUUAUAUUCAAGAAGCUAAUCAGUACGGAGACUCCGAAACUGUUGCAACAGAUCGGCCUACAGGAGAGCAUAACAUUCUGUAUUGAGGACUGGCCCAUAAAUAAUGGACGUUUCUACUAUUCAAUCUUCUCGCUCUGUGUGCAGUAUUUGGUCCCCAUUCUGAUUGUAUCGAUGGCCUAUUUCGGGAUCUACAACAAGUUGAGAAGCCGCAUCACCGUCGUCACCGUGCAGAGUUCGGCACAGCGUCGAGUGGAGCGUGGCAGACGGAUGAAGCGCACCAAAUGCCUGCUGAUCAGUAUUGCCAUUAUCUUUGGGGUUUCGUGGAUGCCGUUGAAUAUAUUCAAUCUGUAUGCCGAUAUGCAGCGCGGAGCUGUCACACAGAAUAUGCUUGUUAUAUAUGCAAUUUGCCACAUGAUCGGCAUGAGUUCGGCCUGCUCCAAUCCGCUGCUCUAUGGAUGGCUGAACGAAAACUUCCGUAAAGAAUUUCGAGAACUAAUAUGUCAGUGCACUUUCUCCACUAAUGAUGAUCUUACCGGUCCAACGACAGGCAGCAACAUGCAGGCGGUGGCGGCACGUCGCAGGCGCAAACACGGCGCCGACAUGUCCAAGGGGGAGCUCGAGCUACUGGAUCAUAGUUGCCAGGCGAUUGCUGCCUCCAAGCGCGGCCCUGGAGCCUGUGGCGGUUGUGGUUGUUGCGUCGGUUGCGGCGGCGGUGGCGAUGGUGAUUGCGAGAAUGGCAUCAAUGGCAUCAGCAUGGCCACCACCGAUUUCGUGACAGGACAUCGAAAUGGCGGCAGUAGAUUGCGUAGUGCGGUGACCGAAUCGGUGGCUCUAACCGAGAAUCCUAUGCCCACGGAGAUAGCCAUGGAUUUAAUCAUACCCACAGAGCAAUCUAAGCUAAUGCCACGUUUGGAACAAUACUAAAAAUUCAAAAAUUUGCAAAUGUCCUUCAAUUGCGUUCAACAGCUCACCGUAAAGGAAGCAGCCACAAAGAGCCACAAAACACUCUACAAAUAUCCCAUCAUCCCAAAACUGAGCAGUUGAAUAUUAGAAUUACUAUUUAAAAUUACAAAACACAGACAUAGAAUUAAAAUUAAAUAAAUAUUUUUCGAGUGAUUUGAAGCCAAGCUGAGUUAAUUUUAAGUUUAAACGAAUGAGCCACAUAAAGGAAAAUGCUUAAUUAGAUGUCUAAAUUGUAUCAAAGUUGCUCCAAUAACUAGCAUAUUUAGUAUUUAAGUACACAGUGCUUCAAGACAAAGUCUAAACAUUGUUUAUUUUCAUGUUUUUCAUUAAAAAAAUAUCGGCCACUGUGAAAUUGAAAUCUAAUUGAAAGAGCCCCACAAUUACAUUUCCGGUACAUUUCCGAUAGAUUUGAAAAACUAUUUACACUCGAAUUUAGUUCCUUAACUCAAGGUUCCUAGGUAAACCAAAUUAAAUUCUAUUAUUUCAAGUGUUUUGAUUAGCAUAUAAGUUAUCUACAUACUUAAUAAUAUGUAAUACACCAAUAUUGAUGUGCAAAAUACAGGUCAUUCAAAUCUCAGUAGUUUAAGCAGAAUAAAAUCUAUAACCGUAAACAAUUUUCUCACGGCAUUGAGAGGCCCAUUGAAAAUGCCACUUACAAUAUCUUUAAAUGUAAAUGUAUAAUACAAGAGUUUCAAAUUAAAAUAUAUGAAUGUAUAUAAAUAGCAUAAAGUUUAAGUAUUAUCUUCCAUAGACCUGAGAAUAACUUCUCCCGCCACCCCCACCAAAAAUAAAAACCAUCGUCUACAUGUUUAACAUAA